AUGCCUCCAAAAAGGAAAGAUAGACCCAAAUCUUCUUCCUCGGACGCCUUUUCGCUCGAGGAAAAAAAAAGUAAAGAAGCCAAUCGUUCUACGAGCACAAGCGAAGCAGAGGACGAGGUACUAACACUGCCGUCAAUGGCUGACGAUCUUGGGAAGAAAGUGGACAUGAUAUUAAACAAAUUGCAAAAGCUAGACAAUAUUGAAGCGCGUCUGGAUAAUUUACACAAAUCAAUAGCAUCUCUCCAAGAAUCGUUUGCCUUUUUGGAGAGGGACGUACAGAACCUGAAAGACAAGACGGAAAAAACGUGGACGAAGGUAGACGAUCUUGAAAAGAGUGUUGAGUUCCGUGAGGUGGACAUAAGUGAUAUGCAAAAGAUCUUAAAAAAGUCCAGCAUGAAGCCGAAGAGCUUAAAAUGCAACUCCUAUACCAGGAACAUUACAGUAGAAGGGAGAAUCUUAUGUUUCUUGGAAUCCAGGAAAAUGAUGUGCCGAUCGACACCGAAAGCGAGACAGAGAAUAAUAACGUGGAGAAUACAAAAGAGGUUAUUUAUAAUUUGCUGCAGAAAGAGCUUAGCUUGGAGAAUGCCGUAAGUAGAUUCGAAUUUCAGCGGAUUCAUCGAGUGGGGAAAAGAUCAGGUAAGAAGGCCCGUCCUAUGAUUGCAAGAUUUCUCCGAUAUUCCGAUCGGGAAGAAGUCCUACUACGUGCAAAGACUUCACUCAAAGGGAAAGAUUAUGGUGUUUUUGAGGACAUGCCGAAGGAACUUUAUCAGCUAAGAAAGGCCCAAAUGAAGAAGCUUCAAAACGCAAAACAUAAUGGCAGCACAGCCUAUUUCAGCAGAAAGUAUCCGGACAAAUUAUUCAUUGACGGUAACUACGUUCCUCGAAAUUAA